UAUUUUUACCCAACGUUCCGUGCGGAACUGAAAGUGCCCUAUUCACUCUGCAGGAGCCCAGUGCGCAGGCGCAUUUCCCUGUCUCCGGAGCAUGCGCAGUGUUAUCGAUCAGCGUCGUGCUGCAGAUGGUUUUGAAAUCAGGCUUACAUGCUGUAAACUCAAAACGUUCCAUCUCUUUUGAAUUUAUAUCGUCGACUGACGGUUAUGAUAUUUGAGAUCUCCUACAGGGGGUUAGAAGAUUUGAAAGCUGCUAGAAUUUCAUCUGACUCCAGUGUUUCUGAUAUCUUUCCAGCUGCCAUCUCCAGCAGGAGAUUUUAAAUGUGAAAACAGUGAAAUCAUUUCAGAAGGGGUUAGAAAGGGAGGAUUGUGGUCAAGAAACUCAAACCAAAUAUCUCAUUAGGAUCUGACGGAGCCGCCCAAUUUAUUAUAACCUGAACAGCAUAGACUCUUGCACAUGGAAGGAAAAGGCACCAUUCUCAGUGGAGAGAAAUUAUACACGUGCCCUGUGUGUGGACGUGGCUUCAGCCGAUCAUCUGGUCUGUCGAAGCACAAACGCAGUCACAAUGGGGUGAAGCCAUGUAAGUGUGGGGACUGUGGGAAGGGAUUCAAUCACCCAUCGGAGCUGGAAACUCAUCGACGCAGCCACACUGGGGAGAGGCCUUUCACCUGCUCUAUAUGUGGGAAGGGCUUCACUCAGUCAUCCCACCUGCUGAGACACCAGCGGGUUCACACUGAGGAGAGACCUUUUAAAUGCCCAGACUGCGGGAAGUGCUAUAAAGGUUCCAGCGAUCUGAUGUCCCAUCAACGUGUUCACACUGAUGAGAGACCUUUUAAAUGCUCAGAUUGUGGGAAGUGUUAUAAAAGUUCUGGGGAACUGAUGCGUCAUCAACGUGUUCACACUGACGAGAGACCUUUUAAAUGCCUGGACUGUGGGAAGUGCUAUAAAAGUUCCAGCGAACUGAUGUCUCAUCAACGUGUUCACACUGACGAGAGACCUUUUGAAUGCCUGGACUGUGGGAAGUGCUAUAAAAGUUCAGGAGAACUGAUGCACCAUCAACGUGUUCAUACAGAUGAGAGACCAUUCAGGUGCUCACACUGUGGGGCUGGGUUCAGGAGAUCAUCUGGCCUCACUGAGCACCAGCGAACUCACACUGGGGAGAGGCCAUUCACUUGCAUGGAGUGUGGGAAGAGAUUCACUCAGUCAUCCACCCUGUUGAGACACCAGCAAGUUCACACUGAGGAGAGACCUUUUAAAUGCCCAGACUGUGGGAAGUGCUAUAAAAGUUCUGGGGAACUGAUGAUUCAUCAACGUGUUCACACUGAUGAGAGACCAUUCAGGUGCGCUCACUGUGGAACUGGGUUCAAGCAAUCAUCUCAACUCACUAAACAUCAGCGCACUCACACUGGGGAGAGGCCGUUCACCUGCAUUGCGUGUGGGAAGGGAUUCACUCAGUCAAGCACUCUGCUGAAACAUCAGCAAGUUCACAGUGAAGACAGACAAUUGAAAUGCCCAGACUGUGGGAAGUGCUAUAAUAGACCCGGGGCCAUCCCACCUCAUGAUACACCAGCAAGUUCACACUGGGGAGUGGGCGUUCAUCUUGACCGUGUUUGGGAAAGGAUUCACUCAGCCAUCCACCCUGAUGAGACACCAGCAAGUUCACAAGUGACUCCAGGAGAUGGAUUUCGCUGUUAAUCACAUCCAGGACACAACCACAUUCAGUAGAGUCCUUUUUCUGCUGAUAUUAAUAAACUCCAGCCUAGUUAUGGGUGUUAAUAUUCUGGAUAAAUAUCUGGAUAAAUUAGCUUUAUGUCAAA